GCCCAGGACCUGGCCACAGCACCCAUGAGCUCCACUGUGGCUGCUGCUGCACCUGCUGCGGGGGCUGCCUCCCGGAAGGAGUCUCCAGGCAGGUGGGGCCUCGGGGAGGACCCAACAGGUGUGGGCCCCUCGCUCCAGUGCCGAGUCUGUGGCGACAGUAGCAGCGGGAAGCACUAUGGCAUCUACGCCUGCAACGGCUGCAGCGGCUUCUUCAAGAGGAGCGUGCGGCGGAGGCUCAUCUACAGGUGCCAGGUGGGCUCGGGGAUGUGCCCGGUGGACAAGGCCCAUCGCAACCAGUGCCAGGCCUGCCGGCUGAAGAAGUGCCUGCAGGCAGGCAUGAACCAGGAUGCCGUGCAGAAUGAGCGCCAGCCCCGAAGCACAGCCCAGGUCCGCCUGGACAGUGUGGAGCACGACGCUGAGCCCCGGUCUGAGCCCCUGGUGGCUCCCCCUGCCCCGGUGGGGUCCAGUCCACGGGGCCCCACACCCAUGUCUGCAGCCAGAGCCCUGGGCCACCACUUCAUGGCCAGCCUCAUCACAGCUGAAACCUGUGCUAAGCUGGAGCCAGAGGACGCUGAUGAGAACAUCGAUGUCACCGGCAAUGACCCUGAGUUUUCCCCGUCUCCGUACUCCUCUUCCUCCUCCUGCGGCCUGGACAGCAUCCACGAGACAUCGGCGCGCCUGCUGUUCAUGGCCGUCAAGUGGGCCAAGAACCUGCCCGUAUUCUCCAGCCUGCCCUUCCGGGAUCAGGUGAUCCUGCUGGAAGAGGCAUGGAGUGAACUCUUCCUCCUCGGAGCCAUACAGUGGUCUCUGCCUCUGGACAGCUGUCCCCUGCUGGUGCCGCCUGAGGCUCCCACGACCGGCAGCACUCAGGGCCGGCUCACACUGGCCAACAUGGAGACGCGCAUCUUGCGGGAGACCAUCUCCCGGUUCCGGGCAUUGGCGGUGGACCCCACGGAGUUCGCCUGCAUGAAGGCGCUGGUCCUCUUCAAACCAGAGACGCGGGGCCUGAAGGACCCAGAACAUGUGGAAGCCCUGCAGGACCAGUCCCAGGUGAUGCUGAACCAGCACAGCAAGGCCCACCACCCUGGCCAGCCCGUGAGGUUCGGGAAGCUGCUCCUCCUCCUCCCAUCUUUGAGGUUUAUCACUUCUGAACGCAUCGAGCUCCUCUUUUUCCGCAAGACCAUAGGGAAUACACCGAUGGAGAAGCUCCUUUGUGAUAUGUUCAAAAACUAGAGGGAAUGGAAGUAAAAUGCCCACCACCACACUGGAAACCAAUCUAUGA